UUGUGCGCACACCUGGUUGGGCACCUGGCCAGGGCAAGAAGGGGAAGCCUGUGUGUGCGUGUGUGCACGUCUGCGUGUGCGCUUGUUUGGGGAACCGGUACCUGCGGGGCUUGUUGAGACAACCCGCUCAGCCUUAGGAGUUGCUUGCAACUUGGCCGGACUUGUGCAAUCUGGGUCGAGCCGCGAAGUUACAAGGUUGAGCUGGGAAAACCCAGCCUGAAGGGUUGCUGGCUGGCAGCUUUUCCGGAGCUGCCAAGUCUUUGCCCUCUCGUAUCUUCUGCGGGGUUCUGACUAGAGCGAGGGGUCGUUUUGGAGCUCAGACCCCACCGGGCGAGCUUCGCCCUUCCGUGUGUCUACGUAGUAGGGCCCUUCGCUCGGCGUGCGGAGCUUGGUUUCUCUUGGUUAGUUUUGGGGCGGAGAGGUAGGUGGCGGGAACUCAGUUUAGUUAGUUGAAGGUUCAGUGUGUGUAGCUGACUCUCGCAACUCGGUUAACGCACCUGACCUGGAGUGGCCUUAACACAGGCAUCCAACACGCAAGUGCCCUUGUUCUUUAGGGUUCCAGUGUGUCUUCUUAAAGUAGGGUGCAUCUCCUCUGAAGGCAACCUGAAUGGAGAGUCCUCCCCCAUGUCUCAUCGGUUAGAGCCAGGUGCUUCCUUCUUCAGAAUUGUUCCUGUACCUAUGGCAACAAGGAGAACAAUAGCAUUUGUCUGCUGGCUGGACCUUCCAGUUCGACAUUGAGGAUGUACCGCCAGGAGGAAACUAAUGUUUAGCAAACGCUGGUGGGAUUAGAACUGCAGGGUGUUGACUUGAAACGUUCUUACCAAGUAUUUCCCAUGGAUCAAGACGCUGGUAUUGAGGCCCUGCUGGACCUCAGCUUUCUGACCGAGGAGGAGCAGAAUGCAAUUGUGGAAGUUUUGCAGAGGGACAUGCAGCUCCAGAUGUCCGAGGAAGGACGUAUCAACAAACUGCGCAAGUCUAUCUCUGACCCGAACUGGCUGAAGAUCUUUUCCGGCGAAUGGUUUCGUGAUGUCCGUUCCAAACGGCACCAGCGCAAUCUCUUUGGGGCAGACAUUGUCCGAGCUUCCAUCCGCCGGAAGAAGAAGCCCAAAGCAGGUGAACAGGAACUCAAGCAACAAAGCAGCCUGAAGAAUAUAGAUGUGAUCAAUGAACCUGUGCCAGAGGAUGAGAAGACAAUGGAGGCCAUGGAUGUGCCAGAGGAUCAGAAGACAAUGGAGGCCAUCGAUGUGCCAAAGGAUGAGAAACAGAUGAAGGCCAUGAAUGUGCCAGAGGAUGAGAAAACGAUGGAGACUAUGGAUGUACUGCUCCCUGAGACAGUCAUGUCUCCCUCAUUCCAACUGACAAAGACCCCGGAAGCCAACCUCAUGCCCAAGGAAGUGGUCUGCUUCCCAGAGUCAGCUGUUGAAAACACUCUAGAGAGAAGCAGCUCAUUUAGCAGCCUGAAUUCUGAGAUAGAGGAACAAGAACAGCCUGGAGUGGACCCAGCUGUCAAGGACCCAGUGCAGAAUAACAACGGAUUGGAAAAUGGACAAGGAUCGGCUUUGGUUUCAUCUCCUUCAACGGUGAAUCCAGUGAGCCCCCCAAAUAAAGGACUAAAUGCUAGCUCUUCCGCCUCCAGUUUGAGUUCAUCCACGAUGAGUGGCAGUAUGGCAAGCAUGUUCAGCGACAAUGAUAUCGGGAGCAUCGACGUCCGUGGUUGCGUCCAGUUCUCCUUGCGCUACGACUCCUACAAGAAGGAGCUUCACGUCCAGAUCAUUCAGUGCCGGGAUCUUGCGGAAGCUAAAAAGCAGCGGUCAGAUCCAUAUGUCAAAACCUACCUGCUUCCUGACAGAUCCAAUCACAGCAAGCGGAAAACUGCUGUCAAGAAGAGAAGUUUAGAUCCUAUCUUUAACGAGACACUUAAGUACAAGAUUGAAAAGGCUGAACUCCAGGGGAGGGUCCUGAACCUGUCUGUCUGGCAUCAUGAUUCACUGGGCCGAAACCUUUUCCUGGGAGAAGUGGAGAUGGCCUUGAAUACCUGGGACUGGAACAACACAAGUCCAAAGUGGUUCAACCUGCAGCCCAAGAUUCCUGCUACACCAGAUAUGAUCUCCAACCAUGGUAAACUCAACCUGGCCCUGAAAUUUAUUCCAGCUGGAUCAGAAGAGCCAGGACUUCCUCCCACCGGAGAACUCCAUAUGUGGGUCAAGAAUGCAGAGAACCUUGUACCUCGGUGGGGAACCACAGUAGAUACCUUCGUUCAAUGCUACAUCCUCCCCGAUGACACCAAGUUGAGCCGCCAGAAAACCCGAAUUGUGAAAAAGAAUCUCAACCCCACUUUCAAUCACACUAUGGUCUACGAUGGCUUUGAGGUUAAGGACUUAGCAGAGGCAUGUGCUGAAUUCACUGUGUGGCAGCGGGAAACUUUCUCGAAGCAUCGGCUUGGAGGCAUCCGGUUGAGUCUUGGCACAGGAAACAGCUAUGGUCUACCAGUCCCAUGGAUGGAUUCAACAGAGGAAGAGCGCCACACCUGGGAGAUGGUAUUCAAGCAACCUCGACAGUGGGUGGAAGCGGCUCUUCCCUUGAGGACCAACCUGACUUCAAGGACUUCAUCCUAGCCUUUGGCUGAGGAUUCCUCUGCUAUCAGGAAGGAUUAGCCUGGUGGCAAAUUGAUGACUGUACCCUUGUUACAACCCUCCUUGGUUUUGAGAGAUUUUUUUUCUAGGAUCAGGUUCCUGAUGCCGAAAAAAAGCUAUGGGUCCUGAGACAAAGGCAGAAUAAUAUACUGUAUUGAUACGUGAAGUCUGCCUCUUCUUACCGAUUUAAGGGGCUUCUACAGAACUCUUGUGAAAAAACCUCCACGCUGGGAUGGCUAGAGCACCCACUUUAUUUCAAGGAAAUAAACUCCCUUAUGGUCACCUUUGCCCA